GGUGUUUGGUCGUCCAGGAGGAUUACAGACUGGCACCGCAAUAUAUCACAAAUAUAAUUUGUCUCUUACACUUUUUGAAUCUACUUUUGGAGUCCCAGCUGUUGUGAUCUAUUUAGACCCGUUUUUCCAAAGCAAAGUUUUCUCCAUGAGUAUCCAGUCCGCGCGCAGCAGCACUUGAUCUCGGCGGGGAAGCGGAGAAAAAGAAGAUGACCAUUCACGUCGAGGGUCUCGUGGCUAUCGUGCUCUUCUAUGUCCUGAUUCUGUUUGUGGGGAUCUGGGCUGCGUGGAAGAAUAAGAACUCUGGAGUUGGCGAUGGCUUAGAUCGGAGCGAGAAUAUCAUGGUUGGGGGAAGGGACAUCGGCUUGUUUGUUGGUGGAUUUACGAUGACCGCCACUUGGGUGGGAGGGGGCUACAUUAAUGGAACAGCAGAAUAUGUCUACCUCCCAGGUUUCGGCCUGGCCUGGGCACAGGCACCCUUUGGUUAUGCUCUCAGCCUUGUAGUAGGGGGCCUUUUCUUUGCCAAACCCAUGCGAUCACGUGGAUAUGUGACCAUGCUAGAUCCCUUCCAGCAGCUAUAUGGAAAAAGGAUGGGUGGUCUGCUGUUCAUCCCUGCACUCAUGGGAGAAAUCUUCUGGUCUGCAGCCAUUUUGUCCGCUUUGGGUGCGACUCUCAGUGUGAUAGUGGAUAUAAAUAUCAACAUGUCUGUGGUGAUCUCAGCACUGAUAGCCAUCUUCUACACACUUGUUGGAGGACUUUACUCUGUUGCAUACACAGACGUGGUCCAGCUCUUCUGUAUCUUUCUGGGUUUGUGGAUCAGUGUGCCUUUUGCUCUGUCCAAUCCUGCCGUGUCAGACAUCGGUGUUACAGCCAAGAAAACAAUCUAUCAAGCUCCUUGGCUCGGGAAGAUUGAGCCUGAAGACAAUUGGCUCUGGGCGGACAACUUCUUUUUGCUUAUGUUGGGGGGGAUUCCCUGGCAGGUCUAUUUUCAACGGGUUCUUUCUGCUUCUUCAGCUACCUACGCCCAGGUCCUUUCAUUCCUCGCUGCCUUCGGUUGCUUGGUCAUGGCUGUCCCCUCUGUCCUCAUAGGAGCUAUAGGGGCUUCCACUGACUGGAACCAAACUACAUAUGGUUCCCUCCCUCCAAAGGAUAAGGAUGAGUCUGACAUGAUCCUUCCUAUAGUGCUUCAGCACCUCUGCCCACCGUACAUCUCCUUCUUUGGUCUGGGGGCUGUGUCAGCUGCGGUCAUGUCAUCAGCAGACUCAUCCAUACUCUCAGCCAGCUCCAUGUUUGCCAGAAACAUUUAUCAGCUGGCGUUUCGGCAGUCGGCCUCAGAUCGGGAGAUUGUUUGGGUGAUGCGCCUCACCAUCUUUGUGUUCGGAGCUCUGGCCACUGCCAUGGCAUUGUUAACAGGAUCAGUAUACGGCCUGUGGUACCUGAGCUCUGAUCUGGUCUAUGUCAUCAUAUUCCCCCAACUUCUCAGUGUACUGUUCGUUAAGGGCACCAACACCUAUGGUUCUGUGGCUGGUUAUAUCUUUGGUCUUCUGCUGCGCAUUGGUGGAGGGGAGCCCUACCUCAAACUACCUCCAUUCAUCUAUUACCCCGGCUGGGUGACCCAGGAGAAGGUCCAUCACCUCACUGGAGAUGUAGAGCACUUUGUCCAGCAGAGGUUCCCCUUCAAGUCUGUGUCCAUGGCGGCAUCCCUCUUGGCCAAUGUGUUUUUUUCUUACCUGACAAAGUAUCUAUUUGAAAGUGGUAUGCUGUCACAUAAGUACGACUUCCUGGAUGCUGUUGUUUCCAAGCACAGCAAGGAGAUAAUGGACAAGGCAACACUGGUAAGCAACCAUGAUAACAUAAUUCUUUCAGAGAUGGCUCCUGUCAGGCAGGUCUUGGGUGCCUCACUUGCUGGGACCUUUACCAACACGGAGGUCCUCAGUGAUGAUGGGGCAUCUAGUCCAGAGGCUUUUCACAAUGAAGAUUAGACAUUUAAGGCACAAAGUAAACUAGAACCAAGGAAUGUAAAGAAGAAGGAACAGUCAAAAGAGGCAUCAAUAUUCUUCAGGAAAAUUACUACUGCCACACUGGGAGCCAAAUCAACAGAGCAUCUGCUGUGGCUUUCAAGUGACUCCAAAAGUUUCUGACGGCAAUAUGGUGCCUCCUUCUUUUUGAGAUUCCUUGCCUAGAAACAGCAAAUGGACUCAAUCACCUGUGCGAAUCAUGCCACACUCAUUCUUAUGUUUUCUUAUCAUGACUCUGUGAAACUUCAACCAUUUUCAUUUAAGUGCUGCUAUAGCGAUCGGAGGAACUUUGGAUGGAUGUACAGCAGGCCUAUAUGAGCAAGUCUACAAGGAUUUGUUGUGGAUCAUGAAAAUAGUGCAAUAUCUAACCAAGAAACUGUGUCCACAUCUACAAGUCAUUAUUUAAAGCAUAAUCUACGUAAGUUCGUUUACAUGUACCUGACAACUAAGCUUUUAUCAUACUUUGAGUUUCAUGUAGAACAACGUUAUUGAUAGAGCAAUAAUAUUUUUAGGACCCACAUUGUACAGCUAGAUACAUUUUACUGAAUUUGAUUUUUACCAUGUCUUGUUUAAACCUGAAGACCAGUAGAUGUUUGCAAGUUUUAUGUUCUGUUUUCAGCUCGAUUUAAUCUUCUUGCUGAAGUCCAUAAUUAUAUGACCAAACCCUGACUUUACCAAAUAGAAGAUACUGACUAAAUCAGCAAAAUCCCAAACAGCGUUCCAUAAAAACUUUUUUUUUCAUUCAUUCUGCCAACACUUAGCAAGCUAACUACCAUCUUUGUUGUAUUGACAAGAUUACACUAAACAAAAGCGAUCAAUGAGUGACAGCAUAAGAAGAAUUCAUCGUGGGGGUGUUUUAUAGAUACAGGGCAAAAUUAUCAUUCAUUUGAAUGCAAUGGGUGGCCCAGUGGUGUUGUGGUUAACACGCUCGCCUUACACCCGAAAGAUCACCAGUUCAUAACUGAGAGGAGACACAAAGCCAGCCUCAGGAGGUCACAGGCUAAUGUACUCCCACUAUUUUGACCCAAGUCCCUACCCGGAUAAAUGGCAGGGUGUCGUCAGGAAGGGCAUCCACUGUAAAAAUCCAUGCCAAAUAAAAUAUGCGGAUACAUCCUCUGUGGUGGAACUAAGGGAGCCACCGAAAGUACCUAUCCAUCAGAUUAAUGAAGCUUCUGCUCAGCUCUGUUUUGAUCUUUGCUAUUCCUGUCAGUACUGACGAGUCCCUAAAGUUACAACUUUAUUGUAACUUUAACCCAAUCUCUUUAAUGUGAGCUGAUGAGACGGUGAUAGUGAAAUCAGAAAACCAAAACAGCGAGUAAAACGACAACAAUAGUCUGGAGCACAAAAGAGUGGUUCUGAGCUCAGUGAUGUAGUCAUUUGAACCAGUAUUUAUUCUAGAAUAAAGUUUGAUGGUCACAGGGAGACUGGGAGAAUGAUCAUAAGCUUCCUGCUACUGACACUAAAGUUCUGCACUGAACCUAAAUUGUGUGUUGCUGAAUCAUCAUGAAUCAGAGUAAUUAGACAGGAGCUCUGACUUUAUUACACGCCACCCCGUGACCUUUCUUUCCCCUUGUACUUUCCAGGCAGCCAUUGUCUUCCCUUCAUUUCAAUGCAUUAUGAAAAUCAAUUUGCUCGUUGUUUUUGUCAAACAUACAAUGGGAAUACAUCUUUAAACUACCAUUCAUUUACAGCUGGAAUGGUAACACUGACACCAGUAAAAGCACAUGAUGUUCAUUUUGCAAACAGAUUUUAUAAAUGACUGGAACCUAAUAGCAGCCUGGAAAUAAAUCUCAAUGCAAGACGCGACAGUGAACUUUGAAAGUAAUCAAGAACACUUCAGUGAUUUUUAUUUUUAACAUGAACUCACAGAAACCAUUUUGAAAUAUAUGUGUGUGUGUGUGUGUGUGUGUGUGUGUGUGCAUGCGUGCGCGCGCCUAUGAUAGUUUGUUUUCUCAUCCUAAAGCUGUAUUGACUGGCCAGCCACAGCAGGUUAGUGGGGACAGGAAAUGAUUGUUCCUCCCAGGAUGGUGUUAGUAGCACCAGUCAUCAUCGAUCCGGCCCCAAGUCGAUCAGCCCUCAGGACAUUUGAUUAAUGCUGCACAGAGGUUCAAAAAUGAUGGUUUGUAAGGAGUGUGUUACAGUGCGAUAUUAGUGAUGAACGUUGAAGUGUUACUUGAUUGAGCACCCUCAUACAUUGUUCACUUUAAGUCCUUACAUUGUCACGGGCCUGGCAGUUUUAAACUACCGGACACACUGCUGCCCUGUGUGGAAAAAAGAACAAAAGAAACAAAAAAAUCUGUCAAGUUAAGAAGAUUUUUGGCAUUGUUAUGUGUUACUGUUGUCCAGUUGACUUCACUGUGUUUAUCUCCUCUUAGCAUCGUUGUGGUUCGUUAGUGUCUUUUUGAAUCUUAUGGACUUGCCUUAAUUCAAACGUCAGUGGUAAAAAAUGAGUGAUUUAGGAACAUGUUGAAAAGGUGACAUGUAUGAAAUAUUUUUCCAUUGAAGGAUAAGGCUGGUAAUAUUCUAGAUGUUUUUGUCAACAAUUAUUACCAAGUGAGACCGAAAUCAACAAUGUGUUAGUCGGUCUUUUGGUCCUCUCUGACCUCAAAAAGUUUAGCGAACUAUACCUGGUUUAAAUUUUUCCCUCAAGAUCACCUUCUCAGAUAGCUUCUUGUGCUGCUGCUAUUUUUGCAUUGCUUUCUGAUAGUCCUGCUAUGACCACUUGCUCUGUGAGAUUUUAUCACAGAUCUCAAAAUUGUGCACAAACCUCAACAUCUACUUCAAACUGAUCGAGGUUUGUAGGUUCAAACCAUGAAGGAGCAACAUCAGCUCAUGAGUACGACAGGAAGUGUGAGACUACCAUUGUGGAGUCCUACUGCUCUACUGGCAUCUGAAAAAACAUGACCUCAAACAAUGUGAGCACUUGCCCAAAAUAUAAAUGGAGUUGAAGCUUUACUGUGUUGGCACACCGGAGGAGAUCAAGCAUAACUGGCAGAGGUACAAGUGAAUGUGACUGCUACUGAGUGACAAAAAAAAUAGCAGAUGUGCUGGAAGCUGUCUGGAGUUGCACCAGUAGGUGAUCUUGAACAGGCGAUGGGUCCUGUUUCAAUCUGGAAAGUUUAAGAAUUUUAACUGGCUGUUUCCCAAAUUUUUUCAACCUUUUACAUGAUCCUUAUUGAUCGCAGAAGUAUGAUGUUUUGUUUUGGGGGUAGGAAAGCUAAGGUUUCGUCUUCAGUGGCAAAACUUGUUACGAUCAUAUUAUUUAUGAUUUUUGCCUUUUUAGGCAAUUAGGUCGCAAUGUAAAAGAUCUAGAAUAACACCAGCCUUCAUCCUUUAAAAUGUCAGAAUGGCCUUGAAGUUAGUCUACAGAGAGCAAAGGGGACUUGAUCCCCAUGUGCAGCCAUAUCAGCUGAGGUAUAGUAGGACCUACUAGAUCCUGAUCUGACCUGAACCAGUUUUGGGAUCGAUGAUAACUCAGCUUCAGCUUCAAACAGGGCAGUCUGGUCUGAUGCUAUGCAAAGUGUCAGGCAAUCUCAUUGGACUUAAAUGUGAAUGUAAAUGUUCUCCUCAACAGAUGAGUGCGUAGUUUCCAGGGUUCAUCCACAAACCCGAGCGCACACGCAGAAAAGAAUCAACGUCAGCUGGUAGACUGACACGUUUUUGGCUCUAUGUCGUAAAUAACAAUGACGCUGUAUUUUUGUGUGAUAAAUGUAUAUACCAGAAAAAAAAGAAAAAAGCAUAGGAACAAAUUAGUUUAAAUGCAGCACCUGAAAAUGAUGUUUGUUGACAGUGAAAUUACAGCUAUUUAUUUAUUUAUUCAUGCAGUGUCUAUAAGAGUAUAGUUGUAAUCGUGAGGUCACUU